CAGUAUUUUCUUUCCGAAGUCAUUCUAUUCUCCCCGUCAAGCAGCAAACCCUCCAUUUUGCUUCCACUCCGCCGGACUUGCCUUCGCCGCCGUACGCCGCGGUUGUGAUUCUACGCCGGUGACUUAACAACUACCGCAGUUAUCUUGAAUGGAGAUUGAUUCAAGGGUACCAGAGGAGGCUGAGAGUUCGAUGCAAGUUGACAGUAAGGUUCAGGAGAAGGAUGAUAUCUCUAACUCGAUGCAAAAUCUUAAUAUCGAGGGAUCAUCCUUCACUUUCAAGAAAAAGCCUAUCAUUAUCAUAGUGGUUGGGAUGGCUGGUAGUGGAAAAACUACGUUUCUCCAUCGACUUGUUUGCCACACAAUGGCGUCCAAUCUCCGGGGUUAUGUUUUGAACCUUGAUCCUGCUGUCUUGACCCUUCCAUUUGGUGCAAAUAUCGAUAUUAGAGACACUGUUCGAUACAAGGAAGUCAUGAAGCAGUACAAUCUUGGGCCAAAUGGAGGAAUUCUUACUUCACUGAACCUGUUUGCCACAAAAUUUGAUGAGGUGAUAUCAGUUAUUGAAAAACGAGCUGACCAGUUGGACUAUGUUCUCGUGGACACUCCUGGACAGAUUGAGAUAUUCACUUGGUCUGCUUCUGGUGCAAUUAUCACUGAAGCUUUUGCAUCUACUUUUCCCACUGUUGUGACAUACGUAGUUGAUACACCACGAUCUGAAAGUCCAGCUACUUUUAUGAGCAAUAUGCUGUAUGCUUGUAGCAUCCUCUACAAAACAAGGUUGCCGCUGGUAUUGGCUUUCAACAAGACGGAUGUGGCUAAUCAUGAGUUUGCUUUGGAGUGGAUGAAAGAUUUUGAGGUGUUUCAUGCGGCACUAGAUGCAGACAACACUUACACAUCAACUCUGACUCGGAGCCUCUCUCUUGCACUUGAGGAGUUCUACAAGAAUCUCAGAUCAGUUGGAGUCUCUGCAGUUUCAGGUGCUGGGAUGGAUGCCUUUUUCAAGGCAAUUGAAGCCAGCGCUGAAGAGUACAUGGAAACUUACAAGGCUGACUUGGACAAGAGACGGGAGGAGAAGCAGCUAUUAGAGGAAAAACGCAGAAGAGAGAAUAUGGAAAAGCUGAGGAAAGAUAUGGAGAAAACCGGAGGUGAAACUGUAGUAUUGAGCACUGGUUUGAAGGAUGUAAAAGGGAAGAACAAGGCUAUGAUGGACGAUGAGGAGGAAGAAGAAGAAGCAGAAGAGGACAUCAAGGUUUUUAGUGACGAUGAAGAUGCCAUAGAAGAGGAUGAAGAUGAAGAAGAUGCUGGCUUUCCAUUCUGAGCCUGUACAUGGUGUCCUUUAAGAAAAUCUACUAUGUAUAGGACUGAUCAAAACGUGCUAAACCCGAAAUUGAGGACAGAAAAUUGGUUUUACUUGCUGUAAAUGUGACAAUCUGGGCACUGGUUGCAUCUCAUUUUGGUAGUUCAAGAAUUAGGUGAUGUGGCUUUUUGUGCUUUUUAUUGAAGGAAAACCUUGACAAAUUUUGAUUGUCAACUGAUUUACCUUUUAUAUUUAUGAUGACAAUUU